AUUAAAAAUGAGUGUCGAAGAGGAAGAUCUCACUUUUCUAAAAGGUAUUCAUACAAGAUAUAUUUUAGCAUAGCCCUUAUGGACUGGAUGUAGAAACACACCCUAUUUAAUAAGAGGUGGAAUCAAUAUUGAUAAAUGUUUAAUCUGUAAUUGUAUGUAUAAAAUAAAGACAUCACAAAUUUAAGAUAAUCAUGGAUUUGUAAACUAAACAAAGAUCGUAUUUAAAAAGAUAAGGAGUUAUACAAUAAAUCAAUAUAAACCACAAAUUUUCAAGGAGUUUUAGAUCUAUUAGAAUUAGCUUUAAAAUAUGAUCCUUAAGCGGAAUACUCCUUUAAGAUUAAUGAGUCAUCUUUGUAUUACGGUUACAGUAAUGUUAUAAAGAUUUAUACUUUAACAUGGGUUUUUGAUUGUAAAGUUGUGGAUGAACAAUAUCAUAAUAAAAUUAUAGUAAAUGAUUUAAUAAAUCCUUUAUUAUUAACAAUCCAUUCUUUAGAAAAUAGAUGCAAUAAUUAUAAAUCUGCCUAUUCUUAAUUAGAAUAGGAUUACAUAAGGAGACUGAAUGAAAAAGAAAGAGCUUAAUAUAAAGGUAGAGAUAAAGAUGAAGACUUAAGUUUAUAUAUUUUAGAUGAUCAAAUUGAUUAGGAGAAAAUUUGUCAAAUAAAUUUUACUCCAGCAGCAAAUUAUUUUAUAUAAUAUUAUGCCCUUAAUAAAGUUAAUAAAGUAGUACAACAAAUGAAAAAGAGAAUACCUUAAUAAUAAAGUAAAAAUAAUUAAAAUCCAUCUUCAAAUAUGAAAAAAAGUAUGUAAAAAAAUUGAUUAUUUAGAGGAAUAGAUUUGGCAAAGUUAUGAAAAUACAUUAUAGGAUAUGUUUGAUGGAAAAGGAUAAUAGAUUUUAGAGAAUGAGUAAAAUGAGCCUAAGUAGGAUCGUAGCAAAAACACAAAAAAAAAAGUUGGAUUUUUAUGAUUAUAUAUUUUUAUUU